UCCAGUUAAAGAAGUUCUUCCAAACUAAGAAGAUCGACGAUAACCGAAAAAUUAAAAAAAAAAAAAUGGCGAAGAAAGUUCUUUUGUGUAGUAUUGUAAUAGUUUUGAACUUUUUCAGUUUUUCGGCUGCCGAACUUGGUUGGUGGGAAGAUGCAUCUUUAUACCAAAUUUAUCCAAGAUCUUUUAAAGAUAACGAUGGUGAUGGAGUUGGUGAUUUAAAAGGCAUAACUUCAAAGUUGGAUUAUCUAAAAGAUAUUGGAAUUACUGCUGCAUGGUUAUCACCAAUUUACAAGUCUCCAAUGUCUGAUUUUGGUUAUGAUAUUUCCGAUUUUUACGAUAUUGAUCCACUUUAUGGUAAUUUGGAUGAUUUCGAUGCCCUCAUUGCUAAAGCUAAGUCAAUCGGCUUGAAGAUUAUAUUGGAUUUUGUACCAAAUCAUUCGAGUGAUGAGUGUAUUUGGUUUCAAAAAUCGGUGAAUCGUACAGAGGGAUAUGAGAAUUUUUACGUGUGGGCUGAUGGUCGUGGAGAAGAUCCUGAAAAUCCGGGAAAACAACUUCCUCCAUCGAAUUGGACAAGUGAUUUCGGAGGUACAGCAUGGACUUGGAAUGAUCAACGUCAACAAUUUUUUUUGCAUCAAUUCCAACCUAAACAACCUGAUUUGAAUUUUAGAGAUGAAAACGCACGUGCAACCAUGUUAAAUGUGCUAAAAUUCUGGCUAGAUCGUGGCAUCGAUGGUUUUCGUAUCGAUGCUAUUCCAUAUUUUUUUGAGACCCUCAACGAAAAUGGAACGUAUACCGAUGAACCUGUUAGUGGAGAAACAUCAGAUCCAAAUAGCAACAAAUACCUCAAGCAUUUAUAUACAAGAGAUCAACCUGAAAAUGUUGGACUUAUUGCAGAAUGGAGACAAUUUGUAGAUAAUUAUACAAGAGAACAUGGUGGAGAUGAGAGGAUUUUAUUUGCUGAAGCUUAUUCACCAUUAGAAGCUCUUGAUAAUUAUUUUGGCAAUGAAACACAUCCUGCUGCACAUUUUCCAUUCAAUUUUGAUCUUAUGUAUUUGAAUAAAGAUUCGAAUGCUAGAGAUUUAGAAGAUAAAGUUAAUAAUUGGAUGGACACUAUUUGGAAAAAACAUAAAUCAGCUAAUUGGGUGAUUGGAAAUCAUGAUAAUCCUAGAAUUGGUGAUCGUAUAGGAAAAGAUAAUAAGGAUAAUAUCAAUAUGGUAGUUUUAGCAUUGCCUGGAUCACCUGUUACUUAUAAUGGUGAAGAAAUCGGCAUGGACGAUGUCCCAGAUGCAUGUUCGAAUGACCCAUGUGAUUUCCGUGAUCCCGAACGAACUCCAUUUCAAUGGGACAAUACAACAUCAGCUGGAUUUUCUGACUCAAAUAAGACAUGGUUGCCAGUUGCUAAAGAUUAUAAAUGCAAUAAUGUGAAAAUUCAGCAAGGUCAAGAGAGAAGUUCGUUGAACAUUUAUAAAGGAAUGCAAAAACUUAAAACUACGGCAGCAUUUAAGGCAUUCAAAGAAGAAGGAGCUUGGAAAUAUGGUGCUUUGAAUGAUCAAGUUUUUCAAAUUAUAAGGAACAACACAAAUGAAGAAUAUCGAAUUUUGGUUAAUUUGGGAAGUGACUUAGAGACUGUUGGUCCUUUAUGUAAUUCAAUAGACACAAGUUUAUGUUUUAUGGAAUACAAAUUGGUAACUAAAAACUCACCUCAUAACAUAGGGGAUUUGGCUAACUUGACUUCAAUCCAGUUGACUCCUCAUGAAGGAAUUGUCCUUGGAAGAACAACAGAAUGAUGAAAAAAAUUGUUUUCAUAUCCCAAUUUUUAGUCAUCUUCAAAAUUAAGUCCUCCUAACUGAAAA